AUGGACUGGAUCACCAGCGAUGACAAAACUGCCUCAAUGAUGGUUCUACUUGGGUCAGCAGGUCUAGGAAAGUCAGCCCUCGAGCAGUCAAUUGCAGAAAUGUGCGCAAAAGCCGGGCUCCUUGCUGCAAGUUUCUUCUUCUCCACCACUUCCUCAAAUCGGAAUAAUGGCGACACUCUUAUCCCAACCCUUGUUUAUCAGCUCAUACGGGUCAUCCCAGGAUUGCGGGAUCUGGUUGAGAAGGAGCUCAAGAAUGAUCCCCACAUCUUGAAGCUCUGCCGGGAAUCACAGAUGGAAUGA